GCAAAGAAAUGGCUCAAAGGCUGGUACAGCGCUUUCUGUGCCUUGGGAGCUGAGAUGCACGUCAGUGGCCUUGCCAGCGUGGCCAAUUCUCUGCAGACUGCCAGAGAAAAGAGGCCAGUUGGAAAGGCGAAAGAGGAGAUUGCCCAGGGUUCGGACCAUGUCCUGCAUCUUUUUUCAUCCCUAAUCUGCUCUGUCUCUGUCUACCCUGGCUCUUCUGACCUGGCAGAACCGCCCAACAUUUCUGUGGGAUUUACCUCAGUUUCCUCUUUCAGUCUGUGAUGUAUGGUUCAGCUUCUUUUUGAGCUCAUUGCUAGGAACAGGCUGUCUUUGACCUCCACUUCCAGAUCAGAGUCAAGGAACAUUUUCAUAAUGAACACCUCAUCCAAAGAAAAUAUCCAGUUUUUCUGCAAAAAUUCAGUGCAGCCUAUUGGAAGUUCUUCCUUUAAGACAGAGUAUCCCUCCUCAGAGGAAAAGCCAUCACGUUGUGGUAAACUAAAGGUGUUCUUAGGUGGCUUAUCCUUCGUUUACUUUGCCAAAGCAUUGACAGAAGGCUACCUGAAGAGCACCAUCACUCAGAUAGAGAGAAGAUUUGAUAUUUCCUCCUCACUGGUAGGAGUAAUUGAUGGCAGUUUUGAAAUUGGGAAUCUCUUGGUUAUAACAUUUGUUAGCUACUUUGGAGCCAAACUCCACAGGCCCAAAAUAAUUGGAGCGGGGUGCCUUCUCAUGGGAACGGGGACGCUGCUCAUCGCUGCACCUCAGUUCUUCAUGGAGCAGUACAGGUAUGAGAAAUAUUCGCCUUUCUCCAAUUCUACUCUUAGCAUCUCUCCAUGCCUCCUAGAGUCGAGCGGUCAGUUACCAGUUUCAGUUGUGGAAAAAUCACAAUCCAAAAUAAGUAAUGGCUGUGAGGCAGAUGCCAGCUCCUCCAUGUGGGUCUAUGUGCUCCUGGGAAAUCUUCUUCGUGGCUUAGGUGAAACUCCCAUCCAGCCGCUGGGCAUUGCCUACCUGGACGACUUUGCUGCUGAAGACAACGCCGCUUUCUAUAUUGGGUGUGUGCAGACGGUUGCAAUUAUUGGACCAAUUUUUGGCUUCCUGUUAGGUUCAUUAUGUGCCAAAUUGUAUGUGGAUAUUGGCUUUGUAAACCUAGACCAUGUUACCAUUACCCCAAAGGACCCUCAGUGGGUAGGCGCCUGGUGGCUUGGAUAUCUGAUAGCAGGAAUCAUAAGUCUUCUUGCGGCUGUGCCUUUCUGGUGUUUACCUAAAAGCCUUCCAAGACCCCAAAGUAGACAAGACUCUAAUUCUUCAGAGAAAUCCAAGUUUAUUAUAGAUGAUCAUAUAAAAUACCAAACACAUGCUGGAGAAAAAGUAAAAAUAAUGGAAAUGGCCAGAGAUUUUCUCCCAUCACUGAGGAAUCUUUUUGGGAACCCAGUGUACUUCUUGUAUUUGUGUGCAAGCACCAUUCAGUUCAAUUCUCUAUUUGGCAUGGUGACAUAUAAACCCAAGUACAUCGAACAGCAGUACGGGCAGUCAUCUUCCAAGGCCAACUUCGUUAUCGGGCUCAUCAACAUACCUGCGGUGGCCCUUGGAAUAUUCUCUGGGGGAAUAGCCAUGAAAAAAUUCAGACUCAGCAUGUGUGGAGCUGCAAAACUCUACCUGGGAUCGUCAGUCUUUGGUUACCUCCUCUUCCUUUCCCUUUUUGCUUUGGGCUGUGAAAAUUCUGAUAUAGCAGGACUUACUAUCUCCUACCAAGGAAACAAACCUGUGUCUUAUCAUGAACGAGCUCUCUUUUCAGAUUGUAACUCAAGAUGCAAAUGUUCAGAGACAGAGUGGGAACCGAUGUGUGGUGAAAAUGGAAUUACAUACGCAUCAGCUUGCUUUGCUGGUUGUCAAACCUCCAACAUGAGUGGAAAGAACAUUGUAUUUUAUAACUGCACCUGUGUGGGAACUGUAGUCUCUCGAUCUGGAAAUUUCUCUGGCAUGGUGGGCAGAUGUCAAAAAGAUAACGGAUGUUCCAAAAUGUUUCUGUAUUUCCUUGUAAUUUCAGUCAUCACAUCCUAUACCUUAUCCCUAGGUGGCAUACCAGGAUACAUACUACUUCUCAGGUGCAUUAAACCACAACUUAAGUCUUUUGCCCUGGGCAUCUACACUUUAGCAAUAAGAGUUCUUGCAGGAAUCCCAGCGCCAGUAUAUUUUGGAGUUUUGAUCGACACUUCUUGCCUUAAAUGGGGAUUUAAAAGGUGUGGAAACAGAGGAUCCUGCAGAUUAUAUGACUCACAUGCCUUCAGGUACAUCUAUCUAGGACUGACAACAAUUCUGGGCACACUGUCCAUUUUUCUAAGCAUCGCAGUACUUUUGACUUUAAAGAAAAAUUAUGUCUCAAAACGCAGGAGCUUCAUAAACAAAAGAGACAAAACAAUGGUUUCUACAAGAUUCAGGAAAAAUAAUCAUUCUACAAGUGAUCAUUUGCUACAUCCCAGCUACUGGCCGGGCAAGGAAACACGACUGUAA